AUGCCAGCAAAUGGAGUCCUCCAGCGUUCUUCGACUGAUGCUCGACUAGCGCAGCGAGUCACAGCGACACGCACGAUAAUAGAAAAAGACACAUUCGUGGUUGGUACGUCGAAGCAGAGCGCCCAUGUCUCCGUUGAUGGUUACUUGCAUCCGCCGCCGCCAUCGAUAUCAAUAUCCGCACCACGCGACGGCGCACCUUCGAGUAUCGGCUCUGCGAAGCCUGCGAGGCGGAACACGACAGGGUCAUUGCGCCCACAGCAUGGGUCGUACCCUUCGGCGUCGCAUAUACACUUCAGCACGACUGGGGAUGGAGAACUGGCAAGCGACAUCCAGAUGGCAGCGGAGCAGAUCAGAAGGGAGCGGGCUAAUAAGCGAGUGAAAGCGCAGCAAAAGGAAGAGAUGGAGAGGGAACGCGACGCGAGGGCUCGCGAAGACGCCCCACUGGUGGGCAACUUGAUUGGCAAGGACCACGUCAACUAUGUGCUGAUGUACAACAUGCUCACGGGGAUACGGAUCGGUGUAUCGCGGUGUCAGGCUAAAAUAAAGCGCCCACUGACCGACGACGAUUUCACUGCGCGGCACAAGUUCUCGUUCGAUAUUGUCGGUAAUGAACUCACACCUUCCACGACGUACGACUUCAAGUUCAAGGAUUAUGCUCCAUGGGUGUUCCGCACCUUACGAGAGGACAUCUUCCAUAUGGACCCUGCGGACUACCUUCUCUCACUGACGUCAAAGUACAUCCUUUCGGAGCUGGGGUCGCCCGGUAAAUCCGGCUCGUUCUUCUAUUUCUCGCGGGACUAUCGGUUCAUCAUCAAGACCAUUCGCAAGGAAGAAGCGACAUUCCUAAGGAAUGUUCUCAAGCAGUACUAUGACCACGUCAAGACUAACCCGCAUACGCUGGUAUCGCGGUUCUACGGCCUGCACCGGGUGAAGCUGCCUCGAGGGAAGAAGAUACAUUUCGUUAUCAUGAAUAACUUAUUCCCGCCGCAUAGGGACAUCCACGAGACGUAUGACUUGAAGGGAAGCACGGUAGGCCGGUAUUAUCCAGAGGAGAAGCUGCAGCAGAACCCGCGGGCGGUGCUGAAGGAUGUAAAUUGGAUCAAGCGGGGGCGGCAGUUAGAGCUAGGCCCGGAGAAACGGGCGCUACUGGAAGAGCAGUUGAGGCGGGAUAAGGAGUUUUUAAAAGAGGUGAAUGUUAUGGAUUACAGCUUAUUGGUUGGGAUACACGACGUGAAGAGGGGGAACACGGAAGGGGUUCGAAGCGAGACGUUGAAAGUUUUCUCGCCGGACCUGCCCAAGCCUCGACGUUCCAUGCACGCACCGAAAGAUGCGGAGGCCAUGCGUCGCGCGAUGAACGCCUCUGAUCCAAAGCGGCUAGGGAAAGGCAAGGGGACCAUACGACUCCCUGAGAAAGACACCGGGGACACGCAGCGUGAGGGCUUCCUCUUCUACCAGGACGAGGGAGGGUUGCGCGCUACCGAUGACAACAACGAGGUGCUGGGCGAGGGGUCGAGGGACGACCCGGAUGGAAAGAUAUAUUAUCUUGGGAUAAUUGAUAUCUUGACGCCGUAUGGGGUGAGGAAGAAGCUCGAGCACUUCUGGAAGGGGUUGAAGGACGAUCGGCAUAAAAUAAGUCCGGUACCGGCUGCGGAGUAUGCAGAUAGGUUCUUCUCGUUUAUGAAGGCUAUCAUGCGGGGUGGUGUGGGCGGCGCUGCGUUUAUGACAGAAAAAGAACGGGAUACGAUGAAAGAGAAGGCUGAGUAA